AUGGCCAAGGCCAGCGUGGAGCUCACCCGCGAGCUGCAAGGUACGAGGUUGCCUUCAUCUCCGGACGCCCGGUCGGUCCGCGAGCAUCCAGACCCAGUGCUUUCCUGCGGUACACCCCCAGCCCGGCGCCUCCCGCCCCCUCACGCAUCCUCGCUCCCAGGCAGUCCCUUCCUCUGCAUCUCAGUCCCAGCUUGGCUUUCCGUGGAGCAUCCUUCUCUGCCCCACUCGCCUCACCCUAUCAGAACCUUCCUGUCCCGGAGCCGCCCGUCCCGCUCUCGGGUGACAGACAGCAUCCGGAGGUGCCUGAGCCAGGGGGCUGUGCUCCAGCAACAUCGUGUGAAACUGGAGACAAAACCCAAGAAGUUUGAGGACCGAGUGUUGGCCCUGACCUCCUGGCGCCUCCACCUUUUCCCCCUUAAAGUUCCUGCCAAGGUGGAGAGUUCAUUCAAUGUCCUGGAGAUCCGUGCCUUCAACACCCUCAGUCAGAACCAGAUCCUGGUGGAGACUGAGCGUGGUGUGGUGAGCAUGCGGCUGCCGUCAGCUGAGAGUGUGGACCAGGUGACGCGGCAUGUGAGCUCUGCCCUCUCCAAGGUCUGCCCUGGCCCUGGGUGUUUGAUCCGGCGUGGAAAUGCAGACACCCCAGAGGGGCCCCGAGACACAUCUCCCAACUCUGAAACUUCCACAUCUACCACUCACAGUGUGUGUGGUGGCUUCUCUGAGACCUAUGCUGCCCUGUGUGACUACAACGGACUUCACUGCCGGGAGGAGGUGCAGUGGGAUGUGGACACCAUCUACCAUGCUGAGGAUAACCGAGAGUUCAAUCUUUUGGAUUUCAGCCACUUGGAGAGCCGAGAUUUGGCCCUAAUGGUGGCAGCCCUGGCCUACAACCAGUGGUUCACCAAACUCUACUGCAAAGACUUGAGACUGGGCUCAGAUGUGCUAGAACAGGUGCUACAUACCCUCAGCAAGUCGGGGAGCCUCGAAGAGCUGGUGCUGGACAAUGCUGGGCUUAAGACGGACUUUGUCCAGAAGCUGGCCGGGGUGUUUGGGGAGAACGGGAGCUGUGUGCUGCAUGCCCUCACUCUGUCCCACAACCCCAUCGAGGACAAGGGUUUCCUCAGUCUGAGCCAGCAGCUUCUCUGCUUCCCUACUGGCCUCACCAAACUGUGCCUGGCCAAGACUGCCAUUUCCCCUCGAGGGCUCCAGGCACUGGGUCAGACCUUCGGGGCCAACCCGGCCUUUGCCAGCUCCCUUCGAUACCUGGACCUGAGCAAGAACCCUGGGCUGCUUGCCACAGAUGAGGCUAACGCCCUCUAUAGCUUCCUGGCCCAGCCCAACGCCUUGGUACACCUGGAUCUGUCAGGGACUGACUGUGCAGUUGACCUGCUUCUGGGCGCCCUACUUCACGGGUGCUGCUCCCACCUCACCUACCUCAACCUGGCUCGGAACAGCUGCUCCCACAGGAAGGGCCGGGAGGCCCCACCAGCCUUCAAGCAAUUCUUCAGCAGCGCCUACACCUUGAGCCAUGUCAACCUGUCAGCCACAAGGCUGCCCCUGGAGGCCCUCAGGGCACUUCUUCAGGGCCUCUCCCUCAACAGUCACCUCAGCGAUCUGCACCUGGACCUUAGCAGCUGUGAGCUCCGCUCGGCAGGAGCCCAGGCCUUGCAGGAGCAGCUGGGGGCUGUCACCUGUAUAGGCAGCCUAGAUCUGUCUGACAAUGGGUUUGACUCAGACCUUCUGACACUGGUACCUGCACUUGGCAAGAAUAAAUCCCUCAAGCACCUGUUCCUAGGAAAGAACUUCAAUGUCAAGGCCAAGACUCUGGAAGAAAUCCUUCAUAAGCUGGUGCAGUUGAUCCAGGAAGAGGAUUGUUCCCUGCAGUCAUUAUCCGUGGCAGACUCCAGGUUGAAGCUUCGCACCAGCAUCCUCAUUAAUGCCCUGGGCAGCAACACCUGCCUGGCCAAGGUGGACCUGAGCGGUAACGGCAUGGAAGACAUCGGAGCCAAGAUGCUGUCGAAGGCGCUGCAGAUAAACUCUUCCCUCAGAACUAUCCUAUGGGACCGGAACAAUACAUCUGCUCUGGGCUUCCUGGACAUUGCAAGGGCCCUGGAGAGCAACCACACAUUGCGCUUCAUGUCCUUCCCUGUGAGUGACAUCUCUCAAGCCUACCGCAGUGCCCCUGAGCGCACAGAGGAUGUGUGGCAGAAGAUCCAGUGGUGCCUGGUGAGAAACAACCACUCCCAGACAUGCCCCCAGGAGCAAGCCUUCAGGCUGCAGCAGGGCCUGGUGACCAGCAGCGCCGAGCAAAUGCUGCAGCGGCUGUGCGGACGAGUGCAGGAGGAGGUGCGAGCCCUGAGACUGUGUCCUCUGGAGCCUGUGCAAGAUGAGCUGCUCUAUGCCCGGGACCUCAUCAAGGAUGCCAAGAACUCCCGGGCGCUCUUCCCCAGCCUCUAUGAGCUGGGCCACGUGCUGGCCAAUGACGGGCCUGUGCGGCAGAGGCUUGAGUCGGUGGCCAGCGAGGUAUCCAAAGCUGUGGACAAGGAGCUUCAGGUGAUUCUGGAGUCCAUGGUCAGCCUCACGCAGGAGUUGUGCCCUGUGGCCAUGCGCGUGGCAGAAGGACACAACAAGAUGCUGAGCAACGUGGCAGAGCGGGUCACUGUGCCCCGGAACUUCAUCCGCGGGGCGCUCCUGGAGCAGGCCGGACAGGACAUCCAGAACAAGCUGGAUGAGGUGAAGCUCUCUGUUGUCACCUACUUGACCAACUCCAUCGUGGACGAGAUCCUGCAGGAGCUGUACCAUUCCCACAAGAGCCUGGCCCGGCACCUGACCCAGCUAAGGACACUGUCAGAUCCACCCGGAGGAGCGAGCCAGGGGCAAGAUCCGUCUUCUCGGGGCAGAGGCAGGAACCACGACCAUGAGGAAACAGACGAUGAACUUGGGACCAACAUCGACACCAUGGCCAUCAAGAAGCAGAAACGCUGCCGGAAGAUCCGGCCAGUGUCUGCCUUCAUCAGUGGGAGCCCUCAGGACAUGGAGAGCCAGCUGGGGAGCCUGGGUAUUCCUCCUGGCUGGUUCUCGGGACUUGGAGGUAGCCAGUCCACAGCAAGUGGCUCCUGGGAAGGUCUAUCUGAGCUACCUACUCACGGCUAUAAACUAAGACACCAAACACAAGGGAGACCUCGGCCUCCCAGGACCACCCCACCGGGACCUAGUCGGCCCAGUGUGCCAGUACCCGGGCCUCGACAGGAGAAUGGGUCAGCCACCCGUCUGGACGAGGGGCUAGAGGACUUCUUCAGCAGAAGGGUCAUGGAUGAAAGCUCCAGCUACCCCCGGACUCUGAGAACCGUGCGGCCUGGCCUCUCAGAACCACCCCUGCCUCCACUCCAGAAGAAGAGACGAAGAGGCCUGUUCCACUUCCGCCGGCCCCGAAGCUUCAAGGGGGACAGGGGACCGGGGUCCCCCACGGCUGGACUCCUCCUCCCUCCACCCCCACCCCCACCCCCAACUCAGGAGAGCCCUCCCAGUCCAGACCCCCCAAGCCUUGGCAAUAACUCAUCUCCUUGUUGGAGCCCCGAGGAGGAGAGCAGCCUUCUUCCCGGAUUUGGAGGGGCCCGGGGAUCUGCCUUGUGCAGGAAGAUGGGCACAGAGAGGUUGGAGCCAGGGGAGGGGGCCCCAGCUCCUGGGACCGCGCAGCAGCCAAGGGUCCACGGCGUUGCCCUUCCUGGCUUGGGAAGAACCAAAGGUUGGAGCUUUGAUGGGAAACGAGAGGGCGCAGGCCCAGACCAGGAGGACAGCAGCCAGGCUUGGCAGAGACGACGCUCUUCAGACGAUGCGGGGCCUGGAGCCUGGAAGCCACCACCUCCCCCGCAAGGCUCCAAGCCGAGCUUCAGCGCCAUGCGCCGGGCAGAGGCCACGUGGCACAUAGCUGAGGAGAGUGCCCCCAACCACAGCUGCCAGAGCCCUAGCCCAGCUUCCCAAGAUGGAGAGGAAGAAAAGGAGGAAACCUUAUUCCCAGAGAGGGCGGUCCCAGCUAGGAAUGCCAAGCUACAGGACCCCCCCAUAGGUCCGCGUCCCCCUAAGCCAGUGGCUGUGCCCAGGGGUCGCAGGGCCCCCCAGGUGCCAGGAGGCAGAGAAGAGCCAGAGACUGGCAGUGCUGCCCCAGGAAUCAACAAGCCCCGGCUGAGACUGGGCUCACAACAAGACCAGGAGGAGCCGGAAGUACCAGGACCCUCUGACCUGGGCCGUCGAACAGCCCCCCUGAAACCCAAGAGAACAAGGCGGGCACAGUCCUGCGACAAACUGGAACCUGACCGAAGACGGCCACCUGACCCUACAGGUGCCUGUGCAGGAACCAGUGAACCGGGAACAGACUGACAGCUGCGGAACAUCCUCCCAGACUUCCUCGACAUGUGCCUCAUAAGGACUCAGGCCCCGUCCACCCCUGCUCCCCCAUCCCUUGUCAGCCCUCACCCUACAGGGCGGCACCACUGAGCAGAUGUAGGGGAGCAGGGGCGGGGACUGGAAGAGAGGGAGCAACCUGAAGCAGGGAGGCCCUCACACCUGCCUUG